AAGCUGUAUGGAAACGGUGGUUGGUGGGUUCCUUAACAAGUCAUUUUCUCACAGUUCUGAGGAGUUUAAGGCUCUGCUGGAGUCCUGUUUGUUCAGCUAGGUCCCAGUGCCAAACUAACUGCACCAGAUGGUGUCCAGGAUGCACAGUCCCAGUUGUGCACAAAUAUAAAAACCUGUGAUCUCCUUUUUUCCCUCCCUACUCUAGCCUGACUUGCGCGUUCACACCAAUUAGACCUUUACCUAGUCAAGCGCGAGCGCGCGUGCUGCCUGGAAGCAGUGAGUGUGGGAUGCAGCGGGUCCCGCGGGGAGUUUUGAGGUGAACAGAUUCGUGCGCGGGGACAGCGCUGUUCCGCGGCGUGACCGACUCUUAAAACGCAUUCAUUAAAGUCCGGCUCCCUUUCAGGGCGAUUCGCCACACGGCUUACUCGGCUUAGGCGUCUCACCCACAGACAGUCUCAGACACGGAGCGCAUGUGGAACGCGCGCUCCACUCGAAAGUGCAGUGCGUGGAGGGGCUGCUGCCAGCUUCAAAGAGCGAAAAAGGGUUCAGAUUCACGUCCAUGGUAAACGUGAGUGGGUAAAUAUUGUUAUCCGAAUGCGCAAAACGCGUGCGUAAAAGCUGAAAAUCACUUGGAUAUUUAUCAAAUUAGUGGCAAUUAUUGUCUGAAGAGAGUUUGGACAUUUUUGCAUCUGCAUGCAGACAUUAAGAAGUAUUAUCACGAGUAUUUGUGAUGUUUUUUUUUUUUUCCUGUGGUAAACGCAGAGUCGUCACCCUGAAAAGUAGUGAGAGUGAACCCCCCCAAGGCGGGGUUUUCACCCCACCCCACUCAUUUUUUCCUUCUUCCCUUCUUGCGCCUCCUUCUUCUCUUUGGAUUUCAAGUGGCCACUAGUCCGCUUGUCAUUUAAGACGCGCUUGUCUUUGGCGAGAUUUUGAGGUGGGUUUUUUUUUAUUAAGUCCGCGCGCGCGGAGGCUCCCCCAAACGAAGAGAGGGAGCGAAAGAGAGCGCACGGCGCGCAAAGCAGACGCAGGGAGGAGAGGGAGAACGAAAGAAAGGAAGGCGCAAAGACUUCAGCGGUGCUCAGCUGUUUCUCCUCCACACUGGAUGCGCACAACAGAUGACGAGGGUGGACGCACCGAGGCACAUUUGGAUGAUUUAACUAUUCCAGUUUAAAAGAUAUUUUUAUGACAGAUUUUUUCCUGCAAUGUAGUUGAGCCGAUGAAGUUAAACCACAUCAACACUAAAAUUUGAACUUUUUAUUUAUUUUUUUUUUAACACUGCCAAGAGUGAAAAAUGAUGGGUCUUUUUCUGAGAAGAAUGUGGAGAGUUGUUGCAGUUUUGGCGCUGGCGACGCAACAUUCUGCCGGUAAAACGCUUAAAUAUCACAUCUCUGAGGAGCAGAAAGUCGGCACGGUUAUUGCCCGCCUGAAAGACGACGUCGCGGAUGUUUUGGCCAAACUUCCCAGCUCCGUGCCGCUCCGCUUUCGAGCCAUGCAGCGGGGGAGUUCUUCCUUCCUCACAGUGCGCGAGCAGGACGGAGAAAUCAGCAUCAGGAGCAAAAUCGACCGCGAGAAACUCUGCGAGAAGAAUCUCAACUGCUCCAUCCAGUUCGACGUGCUCACGCUCCCGACCGAGCACCUCCAGCUGUUCCACAUCGAAGUGGAGGUGCUGGACAUCAACGACAACGCGCCGCAGUUCGCCCGCGCCGUCAUCCCCAUCGAGAUCUCCGAGAGCGCAGCUGUAGGAGCGCGCAUCCCCCUGGACAGCGCCACAGACCCCGAUGUCGGUGAGAACUCACUCUACACGUACGCCUUAGAGGCCAGCAACUUCUUCAAGGUUGAGGUUCAGUCCAGGAGUGACGGGGUUAAGUAUGCCGAGCUGGUGGUGCUCAGAGAGCUGGACCGCGAGUUGCGCUCCAGCUACGAACUUCAGUACAGCGCCUACGACAGGGGCGUUCCCCCCAGGACCGGCUCGACGCUCCUCAAAAUCAGCGUCACUGACUCAAACGACAACAGCCCGGUCUUUGAGAAGUCCUCAUAUGUCAUCAACCUGCCCGAAGAUGCAACUGUUGGCACUCUGCUUAUAGACUUGAACGCCACAGACGCCGACGAGGGGAAGAACGCGAAAAUAGUGUACUCUUUUAGCAGUCACGUGUCUCCUAAAAUCAUGGAAACCUUCAAAAUUAACCCAGACAGUGGCCACAUAACGCUGAUGAGGAGGCUGGACUAUGAAACCAUCAAGUCUUAUGACAUUGAUGUACAGGCGCAGGAUAUGGGUCCAAACUCCAUGCCUGCCCACUGCAAGAUCCUGGUCAAAGUGGUCGACGUGAACGACAACAAGCCAGACAUCAGCAUCAGCCUCAUGUCCUCCCAGGGGAACGGGGAUGCUGCCUACAUCUCCGAGGCUUCCCCUCUGGACACCUUUGUUGCCUUGGUGAGGGUGGAGGACUUGGACUCUGGGCUGAACGGAGAGGUGGACUGUAGGCUCCACAGUCAGGGCAACUUUAAACUGCAGAGAAAAUACGAGAACAACUACAUGAUUCUGACUAACGUCUCCCUGGACAGAGAGAAAAGGUCAGAGUUCAGUCUGACUGUGGUGGCUGAAGACCGGGGAAUCCCCAGCCUCUCUACGGUCAAACAUUUCACCGUGCACAUCACUGAUGAAAACGACAACCCUCCACACUUUGAGAAGGGCCGAUACGAGAUCUUUAAGUCAGAGAACAAUGCCCCCGGUGCAUAUCUGAUGUCCAUCUCAGCCUCUGACCCUGAUCUGGAUGCUAACGGACAGGUGAGCUACACCAUCUUGGAGAACUUCAUCAACGAAAGCCCCAUCUCCACCUACGUCAACAUCGAUCCGUCCAACGGCGCCAUCUAUGCACUGCGCACUUUUGACCGAGAGGAUGUAAGUCGCAUCUCGUUUGUUGUGCAAGCCAAAGAUUCAGGGAAGCCCCCCCUGCAGAGCAACGCCACGGUGGUCCUGAACAUUCUUGAUGAAAACGACAACCCUCCAGUAAUCGUGGUCCCCCAGUUGUGGAAUUUUACGGCAGACGUUCACGUCUUCAAGUUCACAGAGGCCGGACAGCUUGUUACAGUGGUCAGGGCGACUGACCGGGACACAGGGGUCAAUGGCGAGCUCAUCUGCUCUAUAUCUGGUGGCAAUGAGGACGGGUUCUUCCUCAUGGAACCAAGAACUUGUGAGAUUCAUGCCAAUGCCAGCCUAGAGAACUACCCCCACGAGCAUGCUGAGUUAAAAAUUCUAGUUAGAGAUCAGGGAAGUGAAAGCCUAAGUGCCAAGGCUGUUUUAAAAAUCAUCCUCUAUGAGAACAGGGAGAAGCAUGCGCAGCCUAUGGAUCAGGGGGAGUCGUCCAUCGACCUGUCCCUCAUCAUCAUCAUCUCCCUCGGGGCGAUCUGUGCCGUUCUCCUGGUCAUCAUGGUGGUGUACGUGGCCCGCUGCAACCGUGAGAAGAAGGACACCCGGCACUCCUACAACUGCCGGGUGGCAGAGUCCACCCACCAGCACCACCCCAAGAAGCCAACCAGGCAGAUCCACAAAGGCGACAUCACCCUGGUCCCCACUGUGAACGGCACCCUCCCCAUCAGGGCGCACCACCGCUCCCCAUCGGCCUCCCCUCCCAUGGACCGAGCCCAAAUGGGGAGCCGGCAGAACCAGCACAGCCGCCAGUCUCUCAACAGCCUGGUGACCAUCUCGUCCAAUCACAUUCCAGAGAGCUUUGCUCUGGAGCUGGCGCAUGCAACUCCACCGGUGGAGGGCCAGUACCAGCCCAGACCCAGUUUCCGUGGCAACAAAUACUCCCGCAGCUACAGGUAUGCAUUACAAGACAUGGACAAAUUCAGCCUAAAGGACAGUGGUCGUGGGGACAGUGAGGCAGGGGACAGUGACUGUGACAUGGGGCGGGAAUCCCCUGUGGACAGGCUGCUGCUGGGGGAGGGCUUCUCUGAUCUGAUGCACCUCGAAAUGCACCAUCGACUUCACCCAGCUAUGAGACUAUGCACAGAUGAAUGUCGCGUCUUGGGACACUCUGACCAGUGCUGGAUGCCUCCCCUCUCCUCGCCCGCUUCCUCCGCUGACUACCGCAACAACAUGUACAUCCCUGGGGAGGAGUCCUCUCAGCAAGCUCCGCUGGAUGAUGAUCAGUCCUCCGUUGACUCGGAGAACCGCAAAAGCUUCUCCACUUUUGGCAAAGAGUCCGGCAACGAAGAAUUUGGGGUUGGAGGGGAGGGUGGGAGUGAGAUGUGUGCUGCUGGGGGAGGGGCUGGCUCCCUCCUCACUGAGAUGAACUCCGUUUUCCAGAGACUCCUGCCCCCUAAUAUGGACUCCUAUACUGAGUGCACAGAAACCAGCCCGCCCUCGUCCUCAGGAACCUCAGAGAGAGCCACUGGACGGGCUGGCAACAUUGCUGGCAACCAUAGCAACAGUGCUGUCCCUCAGGACAGCCGAAGAGGCUUGUUGCCAGGUGGUAAGGGUCCUGCUUACCCCCCAGGUGUGGCCGCAUGGGCUGCCAAUACCCACUAUCUAAACCCAGGCAACGGAUCUGUGGGCCCCAACCACGUUCCCUCCUCGUCUUCCUCCUCCUCUUCCACUCCGACUUCCACCAACGGACAGCCGCCACACUUGAAAUGGCUGCCGGCCAUGGAAGAGAUCCCCGAGAAUUACGAAGAAGACGACUUUGAUGGUGUUUUGCAUCCGGGACUCCAGAGCAGCAAGCGCAGCGAGAGCCGCCACGAGGCGGGCAUGGACGCUUCCGAGCUGGCUCACGAGAUCAACAAACUGCUGCAGGACGUCAGGCAGAACUAGGGAGCUCUCGCUGCUUGGUCUAGAACAUUUCACCACACUGGGACAUUCGUGGUCCUUGUGCCGACACAGAACUUGAUGGGUUCCUUUUCCACUGUAAAGCUUGUCUUGUUUAUUUGACCGAAUUUCCUUUUUUUUUUGGCGAGCGUCUCUGAGCACAGUCAAACACUGAACUUGAAACUGUGACACGACUUAACUCUUUAACACCGGAGCUCCAGUGUUUCUGUUCUUUGAUUUACUGUAACUUCUUAACCAUUAACACAAUAAUUCCAGCAGAUUCUGAAGCUCAUCGAGCCGCUUUUCUCUUUCAGAAUCUACUGGAAUUAUUGUUUAAAAGUUAUAGUACGUAAAUGCUCCACUCUCAUCAAAAUUGUUUAAAAAGUUGCUCAAAUCAGUGAUUUUACAGUGAAAUUCAUCAACAUUUAAAAAAAAAGUGUACCUGUUUUUGUAACGUUUACAGUGGUGUGAACAGACUCGGAGAAAGCAACUGUUGUGUAACCUGAUUUCUAGUUCAACAGUGAACAGUAUUGUACAGUGUCUGUGGAAAACGGCGAGCUCACUUGAAUAUCGUGCCAUGUCUUCUGUUCUGUUAUUUUGGAAUGUAACUGUACAAUUUUAUCUUUCUAUAUCGAAAAAAACACUCUUUUUUUACUUCUCUAUAUUUAUAUGUGUCCAUGUAUGUUUGUACAGAAAAAGAUAACAUGUCUAUUUUUUAUAUUUGUCACUGCAUGUCUUAUUAUCUCUGCGCGUGUCCCUUUUUUCUCUUAUUUUGUAAAGGAGUUGUAUUUAAUUUUUUUUUUUUUAAUAAAUAUGUGUGUUUGCAUAUCAAAGUAAUCACAUUCCAAUGCAGUUCCAUGUUGGAAGUGGAUUUUGUAUGGUAACAUUGUGACCAGUGGAUGAUAAAUAAAGCAGAGAGAUUUGUA